AUGUCAGAGGGGCCUAGCCAACGGGUGAGAAGUCGACCUCGCGGUCGUGGCGAGAGCUUCUCAAUAUCGAGAGGCGACUCGUCACCAUUCGGAGCGCAUCGACUUUUACGAAAAUCAACUACGUCAUCGUUGACAAACGAGUGUGUAACGAAUGUUGAACCAGUUCUUCUAACUCAACGAUGGACG